GAGAAGUCCGCAGGCUGGCGAGCCGGCGGCUGCGGGCGGGCUCCGAGCGAGCGAGUGAGCGGAGCGGGCCGGGCCAUGGGGCGGCGGGCGGCGGGCGCGCUGUUGCUGGCGCUGCUGCUACAAGGGCGGCUGCUCGCGGUGAGCCACGGGCUAAGAGCAUACGAUGGCUUGUCCCUGCCAGAGGAUGCAGAGACAAUUAGCGCCGGCCGGGCUGGCUGGAGCUAUUCAGACCUUUCUGAUGACGAGGAUUUCCUGGCUGAUGAGGCCUCCGGAGAUGGCGUGGGCAGCGGGGACCUGGGCAGCGGGGACUUCCAGAUGGUUUAUUUCCGAGCCCUGGUAAAUUUCACUCACUCCAUCGACUACAGCCCUCAGCUGGAGGAUGCAGGCUCCGAGGCAUUCCGAGAGGUGUCUGAGGCCGUGGUAGAUACGCUGGAGUCAGAGUACCUGAAGAUUCCCGGAGACCAGGUUGUCAGCGUGGUGUUCAUCAAGGAGCUAGACAGCUGGGUCUUCGUGGAGCUGGACGUGGGCUCCGAAGGGAACGCCGAUGGGGCUCAGAUUCAGGAGGUGCUGCACGCUGUCAUCUCCAGCGGCUCCAUUGCCUCCUACGUCACCUCUCCCCAGGGGUUCCAGUUCCGACGCCUGGGCACAGCACAGACACCCCCGCCCCCACUGGCCGCUGUGGCGGCUGCAGUGACACCAGUGCCCCAGUUCUCAAGAGUCUGCACUGAGGCCGAGUUCGCCUGCCACCGGUACAAUGAGUGUGUGGCCCUGGAGUAUCGAUGUGACCGGAGGCCUGACUGCAGGGACAUGUCUGAUGAACUUGAUUGUGAGGAGCCGGUCCCAGUGCUCAGCUCCCUGCCACCCACACUGGCAGAGACACCGCCGUUACCGCCAUCACCACCUGAGCCGGAGGCAGCCACUGCUCGGCAGCUACCAGCCACCCCUGCUCCCCAGGCUCUGUUCCCCAGUCCAGACAAGGCUGCGCCCUGUGGGCCUCACGAGGCCACAUGCCGCAGUGGGCACUGCAUCCCCAAGGACUACGUCUGUGAUGGGCAGGAGGACUGCAGGGACGGCAGUGAUGAGCUGGAUUGCGGCCCCGCCCCGCCCUGUGAGCCCAAUGAGUUCCCCUGUGGAAAUGGACACUGUGCCCUCAAGCUGUGGCGCUGUGAUGGCGACUUUGACUGUGAGGACCGCACCGAUGAGGCUGACUGCCCCGUCAAGCGCCCCGAGGACGUAUGCGGGCCCACGCAGUUCCGCUGUGUAUCCACAAACACAUGCAUCCCGGCCAGCUUCCACUGUGAUGAGGAGAGUGACUGCCCGGACCGCAGCGACGAGUUUGGCUGCAUGCCUCCCCAGGUGGUGACCCCUCCCCAGGAGUCAAUCCAGGCUUCCCGGGGCCAAACAGUGACCUUCACCUGUGUGGCCAUCGGCGUCCCCACCCCGAUCAUCAACUGGAGACUCAACUGGGGCCACAUCCCCUCUCAUCCCAGGGUGACAGUGACCAGUGAGGGAGGCCGCGGCACACUGAUCAUUCGUGACGUGAAGGAGGCAGACCAAGGGGCCUACACCUGUGAGGCCAUGAACGCCCGCGGCAUGGUGUUCGGCAUCCCUGAUGGGGUCCUGGAGCUCAUCCCGCAGCGAGGUCCUUGCCCUGAUGGGCACUUCUACCUGGAGCAAAGUGCCUCCUGCCUGCCCUGCUUCUGCUUUGGUGUCACCAACGUGUGCCAGAGCAGCCGCCGCUUCCGAGACAAGAUCCGGCUGCGCUUUGACCAGCCCAAUGACUUCAAGGGCGUGAACGUGACGAUGCCCUCGCAGCCCGGCAUGCCGCCGCUCUCCUCCACCCAGCUGCAGAUCGACGCUGCCCUGCAGGAGUUCCAACUGGUCGACCUGUCCCGACGCUUCCUGGUCCACGACUCCUUCUGGGCUUUGCCUGAACAGUUCCUGGGCAACAAGGUGGACUCCUACGGUGGCUUCCUGCACUACAAGGUGCGCUAUGAGCUGGCGCGUGGCACGCUGGAGCCGGUGCAGCGGCCGGACGUGGUCCUUGUGGGCGCCGGGCAUCGCCUGCUCUCCCGAGGCCACACACCCACACAGCCUGGUACUCUGAACCAGCGCCAGGUCCAGUUCUCUGAGGAGCACUGGGUCCAUGAGUCUGGCCGGCCCGUACAGCGGGCAGAGAUGCUGCAGGUGCUUCAGAGCCUGGAAGCUGUGCUCAUCCAGACAGUGUACAAUGCCAAGAUGGCCAGUGUGGGGCUGAGUGACAUCUCCAUGGAUACCACUGUCACCUACGCCACCAGCCACGGCCGUGCCCACAGCGUAGAGGAGUGCAGAUGCCCCAUUGGCUAUUCCGGCUUAUCCUGUGAGAGCUGUGAUGCCCACUUCACCCGGGUGCCUGGUGGGCCCUACCUGGGCACCUGCUCUGGCUGCAGCUGCAAUGGCCACGCCAGUUCUUGUGACCCUGUGUAUGGCCACUGCUUGAAUUGCCAGCACAACACAGAGGGGCCACAGUGCAACAAAUGCAAGGCCGGCUUCUUUGGCGAUGCCACCAAGGGCACGGCCACGGCCUGCCGGCCCUGCCCUUGCCCAUACAUCGACGCUUCCCGCAGAUUCUCAGACACCUGCUUCCUGGACACGGAUGGCCAAGCCACGUGUGAUGCAUGUGCCCCAGGCUACACAGGCCGCCGCUGUGAGAGCUGUGCCCCCGGAUACGAGGGCAACCCCAUCCAGCCAGGCGGAAAGUGCAGGCCCACCAACCAGCAGAUUGUGCGCUGUGAUGAGCGAGGCAGCACGGGGACCUCUGGGGAGGCCUGCCGCUGUAAGCUCCCAGCUCUGUGCCUGCAGAACAACGUGGUGGGGCGCCUGUGCAACGAGUGUGUCGCCGGCUCUUUCCACCUGAGCGCCCGCAACCCCGACGGCUGCCUCAAGUGCUUCUGCAUGGGCGUCAGUCGCCAGUGCACCAGCUCCUCCUGGAGCCGCGCUCAGGUGCUUGGGGCCUCUGAAGAGCCCGCUCAGUUCAGCCUGACCAACGCCGCGGGCACCCACACCACCAGCGAGGGCAUCUCAUCACCCACGCCCGGGGAGCUGGCCUUCUCCUCCUUUCACAGCCUCCUGUCGGGACCCUACUUCUGGAGCCUCCCUUCACGCUUCCUGGGGGACAAGGUGACCUCCUAUGGCGGAGAGCUGCGCUUCACAGUGACCCAGCGGCCCCAGCCUGGCUCUGUGCCCCUGCACGGGCAGCCGUUGGUGGUCCUGCAGGGCAAUAACAUCAUCUUAGAGCAUCAUACCUCCCAGGAGCCGAGCCCCGGCCAGCCCAGCACCUUCACCGUGCCCUUCCGGGAGCAAGCUUGGCAACGGCCUGAUGGGCAGCCGGCCACGCGGGAGCACCUGCUGAUGGCACUGGCGGGCAUCGACACGCUCCUGAUCCAGGCAUCCUACACCCAGCGGCCAGCUGAGAGCAGGGUCUCUGGCAUCAGCAUGGACGUGGCUGUGCCCGAGGACACCGGCCAGGACCCUGCACUGGAAGUGGAGCAGUGUACCUGCCCACCUGGGUACCGUGGCCCAUCCUGCCAGGACUGUGAUACCGGCUACACACGGAUGCCCAGUGGCCUCUACCUGGGCACCUGCGAACGCUGCAGCUGCCAUGGCCACACAGAGGUCUGUGAGCCCGAAACAGGUGCCUGCCAGGGCUGCCAGCACCACACGGAGGGCCCCCGGUGUGAGCAGUGCCAGCCAGGAUAUUACGGGGACGCUCAGCGUGGGACGCCACAGGACUGCCAGCCAUGCCCAUGCCACGGAGCCCCUGCUGCUGGCCAAGCCACCCACACUUGCUUUCUGGACACAGACGGCCACCCCACCUGCGAUGCGUGUUCCCCAGGCCACAGUGGGCGACACUGUGAGAGGUGUGCCCCAGGUUACCAUGGCAACCCCAGCCAGGGCCAGCCCUGCCGCAGAGACGACGGCCAAGUGCCAGAGCCGAUCAGCUGUAGCUGUGACCCCCAGGGCAGCAUCAGCAACCAGUGCGACGCUGCUGGACAAUGUCAGUGCAAGGCCCAGGUGGAGGGCCUCACCUGCAGCCAUUGCCGGCCCCACCACUUCUAUCUGAGUGCCAGCAACCCGGAUGGCUGCCUGCCCUGCUUCUGCAUGGGCGUCACCCAGCAGUGCUCCAGCUCCUCCUACACGCGCCACCUGAUCUCCACCCGCUUUGCGCCUGGGGACUUCCAAGGCUUUGCCCUGGUGAACCCACAGCGGAACAGCCGCCUGACAGGAGGCUUCACCGUGGAACCUGUGCCCGAGGGUGCCCAGCUUUCUUUUGGCAACUUCGCCAACCUUGGCCAUGAGUCCUUCUACUGGCAGCUGCCGGAGACAUACCAGGGAGACAAGAGGAAGGCCUAUUUUACGCGGAUGCGACGGGCUCACCAGAACCGCACAUCCCUCUCAGAGGAGCAGUUGCGGGCAGCUGUGGCAGCUGGGAGGAUCCCGGGGCCCCCACGGGGCAAGGGCCGGGUACAGCGGCUAUCACAGGUGGAUGAGGCCCAGAGGCGGAUGGAUGCGGAGAUCUGGCAGCUUCUUUCCAGCUUUGCUGCCCACUCCCACCCCCGGCCCCAGGGGCUCUCGCCCCAUCCCCAGCCUGCAGCUGCUCUGCAAGCAGCUCGGACCUCCUCCCCCUCCUCCUCCUCCUCCUCCUCUGUUUCUCUCUCUUCCUCUGCAGGCUCUCAGUUCUCUCUCUCCUACAAAGGCUUCUCUCUGCUUCCUGGAAGCCUCUAUUAUUGGCAGCUGCCCAAAGCCUUCCUGGGGAACAAGGUGGCAGCCUACGGUGGAAAGCUGCGAUACUCUCUCUCCUACACGGCGGGGGCCCAGGGCAGCCCGCUUUCUGACCCUGACGUCCAGAUCACGGGCAACAACAUCAUGCUGGUGGCCUCCCAGCCAGCGCUGCAAGGCCCAGAGAGGAGGAGCUACGAGAUCAUUUUCCGAGAGGAAUUCUGGCGCAGGCCUGAUGGGCAGCCGGCCACACGUGAGCACCUCCUGAUGGCGCUGGCAGACCUGGACGAGCUCCUGGUCCGGGCCACGUUCUCCUCGAUGCCACUAGCAGCCAGCAUCAGCGCAGUCAGCCUGGAGGUCGCCCAGCCCGGGCCUUCGGAGGGACCCCGGGCCCCCGAGGUGGAGGAGUGCCGCUGCCCCCCGGGCUAUGUCGGCUCAUCCUGCCAGGAUUGUGCCCCAGGCUACACGCGCACUGGGAGUGGACUCUACCUCGGCCACUGUGAGCUCUGCGAAUGCAAUGGCCACUCAGACCUGUGCCACCCAGAGACUGGGGCCUGCUCGCAAUGCCAGCACAACGCCGCUGGGGAGUUCUGCGAGCUGUGCGCACCUGGCUACUAUGGAGAUGCCACGGCUGGAACACCUGAGGACUGCCAGCCCUGUGCCUGCCCACUGACCAACCCAGAGAACAUGUUCUCCCGCACCUGUGAAAGCCUGGGAGCUGGUGGGUACCGCUGCACAGCCUGCGAACCUGGCUACACUGGCCAGUACUGUGAGCAGUGUGCCCCAGGAUACGUGGGUAACCCCAAUGUGCGAGGGGGCCGGUGCCUGCCACAGGCAGACCAAGCCCCUCUGGUGGUUCAGGUCCAACCACCUCGGAGCGUAGUACCCCAGGGUGGUCCCCACUCCCUGCGGUGCCAGGUCAGUGGGAGCCCACCCCACUACUUCUACUGGUCCCGUGAAGAUGGACGGCCCUUGCCCAGCAGCACCCAGCAGCGACAUCAAGGCUCUGAGCUCCACUUCCCCAGCGUCCAGCCCUCAGAUGCUGGGGUCUACAUUUGCACCUGUCGCAAUCUCCAUCAUGCCAAUACCAGCCGGGCAGAGUUGCUGGUCACUGAGGCUCCCAGCAAGCCCAUCACAGUGACUGUGGAAGAGCAGCGGAGCCAGAGUGUUCGCCCUGGAACCGAUGUCACCUUCAUCUGUACAGCCAAGAGCAAGUCUCCUGCUUACACCCUGGUGUGGACCCGCCUACACAAUGGGAAACUGCCAACCCGAGCCAUGGAUUUCAACGGUAUCCUGACCAUUCGCAAUGUACAGCCGAGUGACGCAGGCACCUACGUGUGCACUGGCUCCAACAUGUUCGCCAUGGACCAGGGCACAGCCACGCUGCACGUACAAGCCUCAGGCACCCCAUCCGCCCCCAUGGCCUCCAUCCACCCGCCGCAGCUCACAGUGCAGCCUGGGCAGCUGGCCGAGUUCCGCUGCAGCGCCACGGGGAACCCCACACCCACCCUCGAGUGGACAGGGGGCCCCGGUGGCCAGCUCCCUCAGAAGGCCCAAAUCCUUGGCGGCAUCCUGCGCCUGCCAGCCGUCGAGCCCUCGGAUCAAGCCCAGUAUCUGUGCCAUGCCCACAGCAGCGCCGGGCAGCAUGUGGCCAGGGCUGUGCUCCACGUGCACGGGGGCAACGGGCCCAGGGUCCAGGUGAGUCCAGAGAGGACCCAGGUCCACGAGGGCCGCACUGUCAGGCUGUACUGCAGGGCUGCAGGUGUGCCCAGCGCCACCAUCACCUGGAGGAAGGAAGGGGGCAGCCUCCCCCCACAGGCCCGGUCUGAACGCACCGACAUCGCCACACUGCUCAUCCCAGCCAUCACAACCGCCGACGCCGGCUUCUACCUCUGCGUGGCCACCAGCCCUGCGGGCACCGCCCAGGCCCGGAUCCAAGUGGUGGUCCUUCCAGCUUCAGGUGCCAGCUCCCCGCCGCCAGUCAGGAUUGAGUCCUCGUCGCCUUCUGUGACCGAAGGGCAGACCCUGGACCUCAACUGCGUGGUGACGGGGCUGGCCUACACCCAGGUCACGUGGUACAAGCGAGGGGGCAGCCUGCCUCCCCACGCCCAGGUGCAUGGCCCCCGGCUGCGGCUGUCCCACGUAUCACCGGCUGAUUCUGGAGAAUAUGUGUGCAGAGUGGAGAAUGAGUCAGGCCCCAAGGAGGCCUCCAUCAUCGUCUCUGUCCUCCACAGCACCCAUUCAGCCUACACGCCAGCUCCUGGUGGAGCCCCAGCUCCAGGCAGUACCCACCCCAUCCGCAUCGAGUCUUCCUCAUCUCACGUGGCCGAAGGGCAGACGCUGGAUCUGAACUGUGUGGUGCCCGGACAGGCCCACGCCCAGGUCACGUGGCACAGGCGUGGGGGCAGCCUCCCUGCCCGGCACCAGACCCAUGGCUCGAGGCUGCGGCUGCACCAGGUGUCCCCAGCCGACUCAGGCGAGUACGUGUGCCGCGUAGUCCUUGGCUCUGGGCCCCUGGAGAGCUCCGUCCUGGUCACCAUUGAGGCGUCUGACUCUGGCACUGGCUCCAUCCCCAGACCCAUCCCGCCUGUCAGGAUCGAGUCCUCAUCCCCCACCGUGGCUGAAGGGCAGACGCUGGAUCUGAACUGUGUGGUGGCAGGGCAGGCCCACGCCCAGGUCACGUGGUACAAACGCGGAGGCAGCCUCCCUGCCCGGCACCAGGUCCGCGGCUCCCGGCUCUACAUCUUCCAGGCCUCACCAGCGGAUGCAGGCGAGUAUGUUUGCCGGGCCAGCAAUGGUGUGGAGGCCACCAUCACAGUCACGGUAACCAGGACCCAGGGAGCCAACUUCGCCUACCCUCCUGGCAGCACACCCAUCCGGAUCGAGCCCUCCUCCUCCCACGUGGCCGAAGGGCAGACCCUGGAUCUGAACUGCGUGGUGCCCGGGCAGGCCCACGCCCAGGUCACAUGGCACAAGCGCGGGGGCAGCCUCCCCGCCCGGCACCAGACCCACGGCUCACUGCUGAGACUCUACCAGGUGUCCCCGGCUGACUCGGGAGAGUAUGUGUGCCGCAUAGUGGGUGGCUCGGUGCCCCUGGAGGCCUCUGUCCUGGUCACCAUUGAGCCUGCAGACUCUGUGCCUGCUCUGGGAGUCACCCCUCCAGUCCGGAUCGAGUCGUCCUCCUCACAUGUGGCUGAAGGGCAGACCCUGGAUCUGAACUGCCUGGUUUCUGGGCAAGCCCACGCCCAGGUCACAUGGCAUAAGCGUGGGGGCAGCCUCCCCGCCCGGCACCAGGUGCAUGGCUCAAGGCUGCGGCUGCCCCAGGUGACUCCAGCUGACUCCGGGGAGUACGUGUGCCGUGUGGUCAGCAGCUCAGGCACCCAGGAAGCCUCAGUCCUUGUCACCAUCCAGCAGCGCCUCGGCCCCUCCCGCCCCCAGAGCGUGGUGUACCCCGUCCGCAUUGAGUCUUCCUCAGACUCCCUGGCCAAUGGACAUACCCUGGACCUCAACUGCCUGGUGGCCAGUCAAGCGCCCCACACCAUCACCUGGUAUAAGCGUGGAGGCAGCCUACCCAGCCGGCACCAGAUCGUGGGCUCCCGGCUACGGAUCCCCCAGGUGACACCCGCGGACUCAGGUGAGUACGUGUGUCACGUCAGUAACGGUGCUGGCUCCCAGGAGACCUCGCUCAUCGUCACCAUCCAGGGCGGCGGCUCCUCCCACGUGCCCAGUGUCUCCCCACCAAUCAGGAUCGAGUCCUCAUCCCCCACAGUGGUCGAGGGGCAGACCUUGGAUCUGACCUGCGUGGUCGCUGGGCAGCCCCAGGCCACCAUCACGUGGUACAAGCGUGGGGGCAGCCUUCCCGCCCGACACCAGGCCCACGGCUCCCACCUGCGGCUGCACCAGAUGUCCGUGGCAGACUCGGGCGAGUACGUGUGCCGGGCUAACAACAACAUCGACGCCCAGGAGGCCUCCAUUGUGGUCUCAGUCUCCCCCAGCACCCGCAGCCCCGCCGUUCCUGGCGGGGCCAUGCCCAUCAGAAUUGAGUCGUCAUCCUCCCACGUGGCCGAAGGGCAGACCCUGGAUCUGAACUGCGUGGUCCCUGGACAGGCCCAUGCCCAGGUCACAUGGCACAAGCGUGGAGGCAGCCUCCCCACUCACCACCAGGCCCACGGCUCGCGGCUGCGGCUGUACCAGCUGUCCCCGGCUGACUCGGGCGAGUACGUGUGCCGCGUGGUGAGCAGCUCUGGUCCCCUGGAGGCCUCAGUCCUGGUCACCAUCGAGGCCUCUGGCUCUGGCACUGUUCUCGUCCCUGCCGCAGGUGGAACCCCACCCAUCCGCAUCGAGACCUCCUCCUCCCAUGUGGCCGAAGGGCAGACCCUGGAUCUGAAAUGCGUGGUGCCUGGCCAGGCCCACGCCCAGGUCACGUGGCACAGGCGCGGGGGCAGUCUUCCCGCCCGACACCAGGUCCACGGCCCCCUGCUGAGGCUGAACCAGGUGUCCCCUGCCGACUCUGGCGAGUACUCGUGCCGAGUGACUGGCAGCUCGGGCACCCAGGAGGCUUCUGUGCUGGUCACGAUCGAGGCUUCCAGCCCAAGCCCCAUUCCUGCCCCAGGACUGGCCCAGCCCAUCUACAUUGAGGCCUCCUCCUCCCACGUGACCGAAGGGCAGACCCUGGACCUGAACUGCGUGGUACCUGGGCAGGCCCACGCCCAAGUCACGUGGCACAAGCAUGGCGGCAGCCUCCCUGCCCGGCAUCAGACCCAUGGCUCCCGGCUGCGGCUCCACCAAGUCUCGCAGGCCGACUCUGGAGAAUACGUGUGCCGCGUGGUUGGCAUCUCAGGCCCUGAGCUGGAGGCCUCUUUCACGGUCACUGUCCCACCCAGUGCAGGGUCCUCCUACCGCCUUAGGAGCCCUGUCAUCUCUAUCGACCCGCCCAGCAGCACCGUGCAGCAGGGCCAGGAUGCCAGCUUCAAGUGCCUCAUCCAUGACGGGGCAGCCCCCAUCAGCCUUGAGUGGAAGACUCGGAACCAGGAGCUAGAGGACAACGUCCACAUCAGCCCCAACGGCUCCAUCAUCACCAUUGUGGGCACCCGGCCCAGCAACCAUGGUGCCUACCGCUGCGUGGCCUCUAAUGCCUAUGGUGUGGCCCAGAGCGUCGUGACCCUCAGUGUGCACGGGCCCCCUACGGUGUCGGUGCUCCCCGAGGGCCCUGUGCGGGUGAAAGAAGGAAAGGCCAUCACCCUGGAGUGUGUCAGUGCUGGGGAGCCCCGCUCUUCUGCUCGCUGGACCCGGAUUGGCGCCCCGACCAACUUGGAGCAGCGGCUGCAUGGGCUUCUGGACAGCCACACGCUGCUGCAGAUAUCUUCAGCUAAGCCAUCAGAUGCAGGCAUCUAUGUAUGCCUAGCUCAGAAUGCACUGGGCACAGCACAGAAGCGUGUGGAAGUGAUCGUAGACACGGGCAUCAUGGCCCCGGGGGCCCCCCAAGUCCAAGUAGAAGAAGCCGAACUGACUGUGGAAGCUGGACACACAGCCACCCUGCGCUGCUCAGCCACAGGCAGCCCCACGCCCACCAUCCACUGGUCCAAGCUGCGCUCCCCACUGCCCUGGCAGCAUCAGCUGGAAGGUGACACGCUGAUCAUCCCGCGGGUAGCCCAGCAGGACUCGGGCCAGUACAUCUGCAACGCCACUAGCCCUGCUGGGCAUGCUGAGGCCACCAUCGCCCUGCAUGUAGAGAGCCCACCAUAUGCCACCACGGUCCCAGAGCACGCCUCAGUGCGGGCAGGGGAGACGGUGCACCUCCAGUGCCUGGCUCACGGGACGCCCCCGCUCACCUUCCAGUGGAGCCGAGUGGGUGGCAACCUCCCCAGUAGGGUGACCGCCAGGAAGGAGAUGCUGCUCUUUGAGCCUGCGGCUCCUGAGGACUCGGGCCGCUACCGCUGCCGCGUCACCAACAAGGUGGGCUCGGCUGAGGCCUUCGCCCAGGUGCUUGUCCAAGGCCCCUCCGGCUCUCUCCCUGCCACUCCCCACCCAGCAGGAGCCACACCUGCUGUUCAGGUCACCCCUCAGCUGGAGACAAAGAGCAUAGGGGCCAGCGUCGAGUUCCACUGCAUCGUGCCCAGCGACCAGGGCACUCAGCUCCGUUGGGUCAAGGAAGGGGGCCAGCUGCCUCCUGGCCACAGUGUGCACGAUGGAGUGCUCCGAAUCCAGAAUUUGGACCAGAGCUGCCAAGGGACAUAUGUUUGCCAGGCCUAUGGCCCAUGGGGACAGGCACAGGCCAGUGCUCAGCUGGUUGUCCAAGCCCUGCCCUCCGUGCUCAUCAACAUCCGGACCUCCGUGCAGACCGUGGUGGUUGGCCACUCUGUGGAGUUUGAGUGCCUGGCCCUGGGUGACCCCAAGCCUCAGGUGACAUGGAGCAAAGUUGGAGGGCCCCUACGGCCUGGCAUCGUGCAGACCGGAGGCAUCGUCAGGAUCGCCCACGUGGAGCUGGCCGAUGCUGGCCAGUACCGCUGCACUGCCACCAACGCCGCUGGCACCACCCAGUCCCACGUGCUGCUGCUGGUGCAAGCCUUGCCGCAGAUCUCCACACCCCCAGAGGUCCGUGUGCCCGCUGGUUCUGCAGCCGUCUUCCCCUGCAUGGCCUCUGGCUAUCCCACUCCUGACAUCAGCUGGAGCAAGCUGGAUGGGAACCUGCCACCUGACAGCCGCCUGGAGAACAAUAUGCUGCUGCUGCCCUCGGUCCGGCCCCAGGACGCAGGCACGUACGUCUGCACCGCCACCAACCGCCAGGGCAAGGUCAAAGCCUUCGCCCAUUUGCAAGUGCCAGAGCGGGUGGUACCCUACUUCACACAGACCCCCCACUCCUUCCUGCCACUGCCCACCAUCAAGGAUGCCUACAGAAAGUUCGAGAUCAAGAUCACCUUCCGGCCAGACUCAGCUGAUGGCCUCCUUCUCUACUCGGGGAUGCUGCUGUACAAUGGGCAGAAGCGGAUCCCAGGGAGCCCCACCAACCUGGCCAACAGGCAGCCCGACUUCAUCUCCUUUGGCCUUGUGGGCGGAAGACCUGAGUUCCGGUUUGAUGCAGGCUCAGGCAUGGCCACCAUCCGCCACCCCACACCCCUGGCACUGGGCCAGUUCCACACCGUGACUCUGCUGCGCAGCCUCACCCAGGGCUCCCUGAUUGUGGGCAGCCUGACCCCGGUCAAUGGGACCUCCCAGGGCAAGUUCCAGGGCCUGGACCUGAACGAGGAGCUCUACCUGGGCGGCUACCCCGACUAUGGUGCCAUCCCCAAGGCGGGACUGAGCAGCGGCUUCGUAGGCUGUGUCCGGGAGCUGCGUAUCCAGGGCGAGGAGAUCGUCUUCCAUGACCUCAACCUUACAGCACAUGGCAUCUCCCACUGCCCCACCUGUCGGGACCGACCCUGCCAGAACGGGGGCCACUGCCAGGACUCGGAGAGCAGCAGCUAUGUGUGUAUGUGCCCAGCUGGCUUCACCGGGAGCCGCUGUGAGCACUCACAGGCCCUGCACUGCCACCCAGAGGCCUGUGGGCCCGACGCCACCUGUGUGAAUCGGCCUGAUGGCCGAGGCUACACCUGCCGCUGCCACCUGGGCCGCUCAGGGAGGAGGUGUGAGGAAGGUGUGACCGUGACCACCCCCUCCAUGUCGGGUACGGGCUCCUACCUGGCGCUGCCUGCUCUCACCAACACACACCACGAGCUACGCCUGGAUGUCGAAUUUAAGCCGCUGGCGCCCGACGGGAUCCUGGUGUUCAGCGGAGGCCAGAGUGGGCCUGUGGAGGACUUUGUGUCCCUGGCGAUGGUUGGCGGCCAUCUGGAGUUCCGUUACGAGUUGGGAUCAGGGCUGGCCAUUCUGCGGAGCUCCGAGCCACUGGCCCUGGGCCGCUGGCACCACGUGUCCGCAGAGCGUUUCAACAAGGACGGCAGCCUGCGGGUGAACGGUGGGCGCCCCGUGCUGCGCUCCUCGCCCGGCAAGAGCCAGGGCCUCAACCUGCAUACCCUGCUCUACCUCGGUGGUGUAGAGCCGUCCGUGCAGCUGCCCCCGGCCACCAACGUGAGCGCUCACUUCCACGGCUGCAUAGGCGAGGUGUCAGUGAAUGGAAAGCGGCUGGACCUCACCUACAGCUUCCUGGGCAGCCGGGGCAUCGGGCAGUGCUAUGACAGCUCCCCGUGUGAGCGCCAGCCCUGCCAGAAUGGCGCCACAUGCAUGCCCGCGGGCGAGUACGAGUUCCAGUGCCUAUGCCGGGAUGGCUUCAAAGGAGACCUCUGUGAACACGAGGAGAACCCCUGCCAGCUCCACGAGCCCUGUCUGCACGGGGGCACCUGCCAGGGCACCCGCUGCCUCUGUCCCCCCGGCUUCUCUGGCCCACGCUGCCAACAAGGCUCUGUACAUGGCAUCGCAGAGUCCGACUGGCAUCUUGAAGGCAGUGGGGGCAACGAUGCCCCCGGGCAGUACGGAGCCUAUUUCUACGAUGACGGCUUCCUCGCUCUGCCUGGCCGCGUCUUCUCCAGGAGCCUCCCUGAGGUGCCCGAGACCAUUGAGCUGGAGGUUCGAACCAGCACAGCCAGCGGCCUCCUGCUCUGGCAGGGCGUGGAAGUGGGAGAGUCUGGCCGAGGCAAGGACUUCAUCAGUCUUGGGCUUCAGGAUGGGCACCUUGUCUUCAGCUACCAGCUAGGCAGUGGGGAGGCCCGCCUUGUCUCCGAGGACCCCAUCAAUGACGGGGAGUGGCAUCGGGUGACGGCAUUGCGAGAGGGCCGGAGAGGCUCCAUCCAGGUGGACGGCGAGGAGCUGGUCAGCGGCCAGUCCCCAGGCCCCAACGUGGCGGUCAACACCAAGGGCAGCGUCUACAUCGGCGGAGCCCCUGACGUGGCUGCAUUGACCGGGGGCAGGUUCUCCUCGGGCAUCACGGGCUGUAUCAAGAAUCUGGUGCUACACUCUGCCCGGCCUGGCGCCCUGCCCCCACAGCCCCUGGAUCUGCAGCACCGCGCCCAGGCAGGGGCCAACAUGCGCCCCUGCCCCUCAUAGGCACUGCCUGCCCCCACACGGACUCUCGGGCAGCGCCCCGGCCCCACAACAUCGACUAUAUUAUUAUUAAUAUUAUUAUUAUGAAUAUUUUGUAAGAAACUGAGGCGAUGCCACGCUUUGCUGCUACUGCCCUGGGCUGGACUGGAGGGUGGGCACGCCACCCCCCAACACACAAAUACACCUGGGCAAAGCCACAGUCUGCUGGGCAGGGCAGGUGGGAUGGGAGCAGGUGCCUUAGAGGGCAGCAUUUGAGAGCCCCAGGACUUGAGGUCAGGCAUCGUGGCUGAGUGGGCUCAGAACUGACCCCACCAAUAAAGCCCCCCCAAGGGAAUGCUGGGCUGCCUAUUUCUUCUGCCCUUGGCAGCCCUCGUUUCUGCGGGAGCCAACCUCGGCUUACAGCCUAGAGCCUCACCACCUACCUGGAGCAAAGGGCAUCGCAGUGGCCUUUGCCAGCCUCCUCUGUGUUGGGAAAGCUCUUUAGUGCCAACUCUGGAGCAAAAGGCAGCUCACCCCUGGGCAGGCAGCCCCCACCCUGCCAGCCCAUGUCCCACCCCCACCUCCACUUCUACCUAGCCAGCUGGGCCACCUGCCCCUGGCAGCCUCCCCAUCCCACCAAGCCUUCCUGGCCUGCAUCCCCUCAACCCGACACCUAGUCCAGGGCCCCUGCCCUCAGGGGCUGCAAGGGAAACUCCACCCCAGCUCUUACCAGGAGCUGCUACAGGCAGAGCCCAGCACUGAGAGGGUCUCCCUGCCCGUACCAGGCCACGUCCCCCCCACUGAUCUGGAAGUGAAGGCCCAGGGGACAUGGGGGAGAAGGGCAUUGGUGGUUGGAAAGAGUUAGUGCCUUGGGUGGGGAGAACCAGGACUCAUGCCUGGGAGGGACAGGAAGGGGACAUGACAGCCCUGCCCCAUCUGUGGGAGCCUGAGGGCUCAAAUGGGGGCAAGAAGCCUCCCCACCAGCAGCCCCCAGAUGUGGGGUCGGGGCGCCUGGCCUCUGUGUCCUAGAAGGGACCCUCCUGUGGUUUUUGUCUUGAUCUUUCUUAAUAAACGGUGCUAUCCCUGCCAA